AUUUGUGCACUAAAGUCGGACUUGCUAUAUUACAGAUUGACCGCCAAGGACGCUCCAAGAGAAAAUUCCAAAAAAUCCAAAUUCUUUCGCUCUCUUUUUGUUUGGUGGGAAAUAGAAGCGAAGCCACCAAUAAAGGAAAGGAAAAGAAAGUCAUAAAAUGAACACAGAAACAAUGCAGCGGAAUCGUCAGGGUCAAGGGUCGAGAAUUUCCAAGCCUGCCACCAUUCAUAGCUGUGCUCAAUCGGGAGAUCUUCUUGGGUUCCAAAGGUUACUCAGUGGAAACCCUUAUCUCCUCAAUGAAAGAAACCCUGUUAUGGCGCAGACUCCACUUCAUGUUUCUGCUGGUUACAACAGGGCUGAGAUAAUUAAAUUUCUUCUUGAUUGGCAAGGAGCUGAGAAGGUUGAACUGGAGCCUAGGAAUAUGUAUGGAGAAACUCCUUUACACAUGGCAGCAAAGAAUGGUUGCAGCGAAGCUGCACGGUUGCUUCUUGCUCAUGGUGCUAUUAUUGAAGCCAAAGCGAAUAAUGGAAUGACACCGUUACACCUUGCAGUUUGGUACUCAAUCAGAGUGGAAGAUCACUCAACUGUUAAGACAUUGCUGGAGUAUAAUGCUGACUGCAGUGCAGAGGACAAUGAAGGCAUGACUCCUUUGAAUCAUCUCUCACCAGGUCCAAGGAGUGAGGAGUUGUGUAAACUAUUGCAGUGGCAUCUUGAAGAGCAGAGAAAGAGAAAAGCACUUGAAGCAUGCUCUAAAACAAAAGCUAAGAUGGAUGAACUUGAAGAUGCUUUAUCAAAUGUUGUGGGGUUGCAUGACCUCAAGAUACAACUGAGAAAAUGGGCAAAGGGUAUGCUUUUGGAUGAGAGGCGCAGGGCCCUUGGUAUGAAAGUUGGUCUGAGAAGACCGCCUCAUAUGGCUUUCUUGGGAAGCCCUGGAACAGGUAAGACCAUGGUAGCUCGAAUACUUGGAAGAUUACUGCAUAUGGUAGGAGUUCUACCUACUGACAAGGUAACAGAAGUACAACGUACAGAUUUGGUUGGUGAAUUUGUUGGUCACACUGGACCCAAGACUAGAAGAAAGAUUGCAGAAGCAGAGGGAGGAAUUCUUUUUGUGGAUGAAGCAUAUCGGCUUAUACCAUCGCAGAAAGAGGAUGAGAAGGACUAUGGGAUUGAAGCCUUAGAAGAAAUUAUGUCUGUUAUGGACAGUGGAAAAGUCGUAGUCAUAUUUGCUGGCUAUAGUGAACCUAUGAAGCGUGUGAUAUCUUCAAAUGAGGGUUUCUGUAGAAGGGUUACCAAGUUUUUCCAUUUUAAUGACUUCUCUUCUGAAGAUUUAGCAAAUAUUUGCCACAUCAAGAUGAAUAAUCAGGAUGAAGGUAGUUCGCUGUAUGGUUUUAAAUUACAUUCUUCAUGCAGUGGAGAUGCCAUUGCCGCCCUGAUUGAGAGAGAAACAACAGAAAAGCAGCGUAGGGAAAUGAAUGGAGGUUUAGUAAAUGUCAUGUUAGCUAAUGCUAGAGAGAUUUUGGAUCUCAGGCUUGAUUUCAACUGUAUCGAUACCGAUGAACUGCAGACCAUCACCUUAGAGGAUUUGGAAGCUGGCUGUCAACUGUUAUAGUCAUGAUAAGGAAAGAAUGUUGAGUAAUAUAUUUUUGGUAGUCUGGUAGGAUUCCAUUGUUUUCUAAUGUUUAUAUCCUCGUUCCUCCAACUGUCUUGGGGUCUAAGUUUGUCAAAGAUUUUGCAUAUCCUGUCCAUGAUCAGGAAAGAAUGUCCUGUUUGUUGUUGUUUUAGUUUAUGAAACGAGGGAAAUGUCCUCAUGAUAGGUAUUCCCUCAAUCUCUUAUUAAUUCAUUCAUAUGGCCAUUCAUUA